AUGUCGGGCAGCGGGGUCAAGAAGGAGGUGAAGGAAGAGUCGGCUGUGGCUACAAUAGCCCCCAAACCAUCCCCCAAACGAGCCAAAAUUUGUGAUUUUGGUUUGGCGGAGAAGUGGGAUGACACCAAGUCUUGCCGAGAACUACUACGUGAAAAUGGGAAACUUAUUCGGUGGCUUAGUGAGGAGCAGGUCAAUGUAUUCAAUUUGGAGACUUUGGGGCUGAACUCCCGAUUGAUGUGCACAGUUGUGGACUACCACUGUUCUCGGACAACUGUUGUGAAAGCUCCCCCCAUCGAUUUCUUGAAAGCCCAGGUAUGGAAGUUCCAGACUCUCAUGUCCAAGCCCCUGGAUCCAGUUGGAAUCCACCACGAUGCAUGGGGAAUCAAGAAACUGUUUUCCUAUUCUUUGAGAAGGACUGGAAGUGACAGCCGCUACUCUUUGGAUGAUGGCAGUCCCAAUCGCCGAGCUGCUGGUGUUUCAGAGUACUACGAGAUCAUGUACAAGUAUUGGGAAGCUCCUCUGAAAGCCCUUCAAGACCAACAUCGGGAAAAGGCCAAGGCGAAGGGUAUCAAGGAGGUUGAAGUGAUUCCGGAUGAUGAUGAUGGUGACUUGGAAACUCUUGAAUCCAUCUCCCUGCAGCAAGCGCGACGGGGAAUUGUGAUUGAGGGAGUGAUUGUGAUCGAGGAUGGUGGUGAUGUUGGUGCGAAGCUGGGUGGGAAUCCGAAGAACAACAAUGAAGAAAUGAAGUCUGGGGCAAGUGGGGAAAGUGUGGUGGAGAAGCCAAAGCCCUUGGGAGGGGUUGAGGUUUCUGAGACGCCGCCCGCUGCACGAACCAGAAGCCCUAAAAUCCCUCUCAACAUCGAUGACGUGUUGAACCCGCCUGGUUUGCCGCAUCUUGGACCCUAUGACCUUCCUGGGAAACCGAACGCGUUAAGGGCCCCGAGUCAAGCUGGUGCAUGUGAGGCACGGAUCCAAGCUCUUCAGCAAGCUUUGCAGAAGAAGCGAGAGGCCAACAACCGUGCUUUGCAGAGAUCAGCUUCAGCAUGUGCCCUACCUGAUCCAAGCAUUCAGCAGACCCUUGACUAUGAUCCUGAAGCAGCCUUUGCGGAGUUUACCGCCUCCCAGCCUGAACCUGUCGAUACCCCAUCCCCAUCAGACCCUGACUUUGUUUACAAGACUGAGAAUUCCUAUUGGAAGGUGGAGCGGGAUCAGGAAGAGCGCCUUCAUCGCCUUGAGAAGCUGCAAUCGACAGGAUCUACAUCUCUGGACUCAGAGAGUGAUGACAUGGUAGUUCCACCUGACCAGCGCACAACACCUGCCGCACCUCAGAACAAUGGCCAGGACCUUGAACCGCCCAAACUUUCCAACUUCGUCAAGUCCGAUCCCAUCGACGCCAAGUCCAAUCCCAGUGAUGCCCACAUGAAGGAGGAGACUACGGUUCCCGAGAGCAACCACAUCCAGCCCGGGGAUGGUACGAUCACUGAGCCCAAUGGUGUUGGGAUCGCUGAGCCCAAGGAUGUGGAGAUGGUUAAGCCCAAGGAUGUGGAGGUUGUUGAGCCCAAGGAUGUUGAGGUUUCUGAGCCCGAGGGUGGUGGUGGGAUCAAUGAGGCGGGGCAGGUUGUUGAACCAAUGGGUGAAAAUGAUGACAUGGAGAUUGUGGAGCGCAAGGCCGAGAUCCCCGAGGAAAACACUGUGAUUGUCGAUGAUGAAUGUGAGAUGACAGUUCCGCCCAAAGACCCCUUGAUGAAAACGCAUCCUACAAACCCCCAGACCAUGGCAGUGACUCAGGACACUGUUGUCUCGUUGCUUGAAGAGAUGCUCAAGGAUGGCAUGGAUCUUAGCCAGGCCAUUGCCCAGUUGAAGAAUGGAAAUUCAGAGAGCAUGGAGCCCGGAGAUGAGACAGCCCCAGUAGUCACCCGCAUUGACCAGUUCAAGGGCAAGUCAGCAGUAGCAGCCUCUGAACCUGGCAAUGGAGAGGGUGAACCGUCAUUGCCCGAUGCCCCCGAGCCCAAACGCAAGGGAAAAGGCAAGGGGAAAGGCAAGGGAAAACCCAAGGCGAAAGCCAGUCCCAAGAAAAAAGCAUCAGCAAAGGCAAAGGCAGCUGGGAAGAAGCCAGGCAGACGUCCCCGGGUCAAGAAGAAUGGCAAGGAAACUGAGGAAGAUGAUCUGGAGGAACAGAACGCUGAAUCAGAGGUUGAAGAUGACUCCAAGGAUGACUCGAAGGAUGACUCCAAGGAUAACUCCAAGAAUGGCUCCAAACCUCCCCCGACCGGAAAGGUUGAAAAGCCUCGCAAGACCAAGAGACCUGCAGAGCCCAUGGACGAGGAGGACAAGAACAAGUCCCCAAAGAAUGAGACGAAGAGCUUUGCUCGCAGACCUUGCCCCGCAACAUCCCCUGCCAAGGACAAGUGGUUCGCAAUCAGCAAUGCCUUCCGCAGUGAGGCCCAGCAGAGGAUCUUGGAUUCCGGGGACACACCGUCAAAGUGGGAGGAGCCUUUUUGGAACAUGGUCCAGAAAGCCUACAAGAAUCACGAGGGGAAAGGCGAUGGCCCUUUGGAGAUCAAGGAGUAUGGGAGGAUCGCAUCCAGCUGCGUCCAGAACUUGCUUUCGCUGGUGGUCAUCUUUCUGGUCCUCCUGGUCGCAUGGAUGGAGGACCCCGACAACAUCACCAUCAAGAAGGACAUCGAAGUUAUCGAGUACUUUGCAGGAGUUGGCCGUAUUGCGCAGGUGGCAAAUUACGCGGGAUACUGCGCGGUGGGCUUUGAUAUGACAUGCCUCUUGAUGGUGCUGAUCAUAUGUGCUGGUGGCACUUUUGGCAUGGAGAACCCGGCCAAUUCAUUGGUUGCGCUCCAGGGCAGGUUUGUUUGGCUCGUGAAACUACUUGAGAAGUUUGGCAUUUGGGUGUUCAAAACUAGCUUCUGGAUGCGGAAGCACUUGGCAGCCACAUGGAAGCGCAAUAUACAUAUCGAUUUGCCCGCCAUGUGGUGGAACUCUUCCCUGGUUUUAUUGCAGACCAACCUUUCAUGAAGCUUCCCCCUGUCUCGGAGAAGACGGUCCUGGAAUUGUUUCAAGAAGCUCGUUUUGAGGAGCUUUGGGAUGAAUGUAGCGAUUUGAAAGAUGUGAUCAUUUAUUGCCGGGGAAGCAAAAGGCUGCGGAUCCCUGAAUCUUGGCGAUCCGCACUCCCAACGGAACUCUAACCCUUGGGUCUCCUCACUGUGGUGGG